AUGACCACGAGCAUGAUGGUGAACAAGGCAGCGAUGCCGACCACGCUGACCACGACGACCACGACGACCACGAUGACCACGAGCAUGAUGGUGAACAAGGCAGCGAUGCCGACCACGCUGACCACGACGACCACGAGCAUGAUGGUGAACAAGGCAGCGAUGCCGACCACGCUGACCACGACGACCACGAGCAUGACGGGGAAGAGGAUACUGACGCUAACCGUGACGUCGGCGAUCAAGGAGCAGCCGAGGACGAGGACGAGGGCGACGGCGAGGGUGAGGAACCCGCGGCAGGCGAGGGGGGAGAUGACGGCGAAGACCGCGACGCUCAGCACGGCGAGAAUGAAGAGGACGAGGGCGCCGAGGCCACACACGACGACGAUAAGGGCGAGGAGGGCGCCGCCGGUGAGCCGCGCGUCGGGCAACACGAAGGGGAGCCGGGCAACGAGGAGGAGGCGGCAGAGGAAGAUCAGCCGGACUACGCUGUGCCUGCUCCCCACCAGAAGCAGCGCCGCGUGAGCUGGAAGCCGACAACCAGCCCGACCGCCCCUGGCUACAACAAGCCGUGGUACCCGUCUGGUAACCCACAGUCCGAACAGCAUUUGCCGUUUGACCAGACGAACCUCUCGAAGAAGAACCUCGAGAGCAUCCGCGAGCUCGAGAAGCGCAAGAGCCUCAUAGAAGAGGAGUCGGUCCGCCGUGGCAGCACCCCGCGCCGAUCCAGCACGCGCGGGGUCUCCCCGAAUUCGCAGUAGGCGACAUACGCCGGCACGUGCUGACCCCAGCAAAGGGGGCGUCGUUGCGUGCACAAGAGCGGUCUCCGCGAUUGCUUACGUGAUUUUCCUGUUGCGUCGGUUGAAUUCCCGCUCCCCCCGAAGAGCAUCCGACGCAGCCGCGCUCGUACCUCCGCUUUUCUUUCUUCCCCUCGUCUCCCAUGCAGCGAGCGCGUGGUCGUGUGCCGGCGCGAAGGCGAACCUGAAGCCAACUCCCCAAACAGACACGGCAAAAGCGAGAAGUCCUGUUUUUCUUUAUGUUGGGGCCUCACCAAUUUGUUGUUGCUUCGUUCUCCUAGCUGUGGCGUGACUACCUGCAACACGUGUCGUGCGGCCGGCCGCCCUCGAAGCUCUUCGCACCCUUCUUUCUUUGAUUUCUUUUCCCUCCUACGUUUUAGUACCUGUACGAAGCUGCAAUUCUGUCUUUAGGUUUUUAUUUGUCCUGUACCGUCAACAUCUGAUACGUAAACACGACUCUUACGUUGCAGCUCCCUCUGCUCUCUAUAUGAAAUCUGCAGGGCGGCUGCGUCGUUCAGUGCGUUCUUUUUUAUUAUUAUUUAUAUACACAUGUUUUUUUUCCUCGUAGGUCAUGCGCGCGCGCAGUUGAGGGUGUGUGAAUGAACAUUGCAUGAAAAAAUUCAAAGGAUAGAGCUGUUCUAUAAAACAGCAGCGUUGAAUUCCGUCCCCCCAAAAAAAAAAACAAGCAAACAAACAAUUGGACAGCACGGGACACUGUCGUAGGUGAACUGCCUGUGGAGAAGGCGUCGCAGCUUCGUUUAUGGUUUUCUCUCUCCAGUACUUCCCACCAACUGGAAAUAGAAGUUGUCUGUGAGACCACUUCUUUUAUUUAUUUAUUUAUCUUCUACUACGGCGAGGGAGAAGGACUCCGUCUCUGUAUUUUUACACCCGCAUUUCAAUCAAAAGAAAAGAAAAAAUAAACUGUACUGCACUCCUUCGUCGAGCGUCGAUGGCAAAAAAAUAUACAACGUGUCUCUUACGUAUCUUUCUGUUUUUUUUCCUGGUUUGAUUAAUUCCUUUUAGUUUUGCUGUUGUUUUUAUGUGAAGCGGUGUGUCAUGGCGCACGUGGGAGGAAACUUCUUUUACUAUAUAGCGUUCUUUUCAUUCUUGUACACCCCCGCAUGCGGUGCGCAUCGGUUGCCGUUCAGCGCAUACAUCGUCUGCCUUUUUUUCUUUUGACGUUUAGUAGGUUUUUCUGUUCUAGUUCGUUGUGCGUCGUCGUCUGGCAAUAAGAUU